GUGGGUGGAGAGCGUGGUGACGCCGGCCGGGGCGGGAGUGCCGGGUAGGAAACCACCCGCUCUGGGCCGUCUGCUUCCCGGGGGCUCCCGCCUCGGUGGGUGGGGCAGAGGACGCCGUGUAGGGUAAGCGGCGGGGUCUGCCCGGCCCAGGGUGACUGACUGCAGGUGGGCCUCCCCGUGCGCAAACGCGCGCCCUGGCGUCGGGGGUCGGAGCAGAGGAGGGUCGGGAUACCCAAGGUGCAGGCUUACGCGCUUGGCGACUCUCCGGUCAGGAGCGGCAGCGCCUGGAAGGCGGCCUCAGGGUCACUCGCACCCCUGGUUCCCCCCUGGACGUCUGGACUGUGCUCAACCAUGGGGCGCAUUUAGUGUUCGGGGCAAAGGGGUGAGCCAAGUAGCAGGGGUCUCAGCCCGCAGGCACCCCGCAGCCCUGCUGCAUUCUUUCAUUCAGCUGGCAUCUGCUGCCCCGCCCCCCAGCUCGGGGCCAGGCAGAACAGGCAGGCCCCUCCGCUCCUGGAUCUCACAGGCCGGCUGGGAAGCGCAGGAAACAGGCCAGCAGCUGUGGCACAGUCCUUGGCAGACAAAGAAAUGAGAAAAAUACCAAAUCAUGGGAACCUGCGGAUGACGAAGGUGGCGUACCCCUUGGGGCUGUGCGUGGGCCUGUUCAUCUACGUUGCUUACAUCAAAUGGCACCGGGCUUCUGCCACCCAGGCCUUCUUCAGCACUGCUGGGGCAGCCUCAGGGGGCCAAUGGGGCCAGCAGGGCCACAGCUCCCCAGGGACAGCUGCACAUGGUCGUGAGGUCUUCUACGGAAUCAUGUUUGACGCAGGAAGUACUGGCACCCGUGUGCACGUUUUCCAGUUCGCCCGGCUGCCUGGAGAAACUCCCUCAUUGACCCGCGAAACCUUCAAAGCACUGAAGCCAGGUCUUUCUGCUUAUGCUGAUGAUGUGGAAAAGAGUGCACAGGGAAUCCAGGAGCUACUGGAUGUUGCUAAACAAGACAUCCCAUUUGACUUCUGGAAGGCCACGCCUCUGGUCCUCAAGGCCACAGCUGGUCUGCGCCUGUUACCUGGAGAAAAGGCUCAGAAGUUACUGCAAAAGGUCAAAGAAGUAUUUAAGGCAUCACCUUUCCUUGUUGGGGAAGACUGUGUUUCCAUCAUGAACGGAACAGACGAAGGUGUUUCGGCCUGGAUCACCAUCAACUUUCUAACAGGCAGUUUGAAAGCCCCGGGAAGGAGCAGUGUGGGCAUGCUGGAUUUGGGCGGAGGAUCCACUCAGAUCACCUUCCUUCCGAGGGUUGAGAGCACACUGCAGACCUCCCCGCCCGGCUACCUGACGGCACUGCAUAUGUUUAACAAGACCUAUCAGCUCUAUUCCUACAGCUACCUGGGGCUUGGACUGAUGUCGGCACGGCUGAUGAUCUUGGGCGGCAUGGAGGGAAAGCCUGCUAAGGAUGGAAAGGAGUUGGUCAGCCCUUGUUUGUCUCCAGGUUUCAAAGGAGAGUGGGAGCAUGCUGAGAUAACAUACAGAAUUUCGGGACAGAAGGCAGCAGCGGGCCUCCACGAGCUGUGUGCUGGCAGAGUGACCGAGGUCCUUCAGCAUAAAGUGCACAGGACGGAAGAAGUGAAGCACGGGGACUUUUAUGCUUUUUCCUACUAUUAUGACCUUGCAGCCAGUGUCGGCCUCAUAGAUGCAGAGAAGGGAGGCAGCCUUGUGGUCGAAGACUUUGAGAUUGCAGCCAAGUACGUGUGUCGCACCCUGGAGACCCAGCCGCAGAGCAGCCCCUUUGCAUGCAUGGACCUCACCUAUGUCAGCUUGCUGCUUCAAGAGCUUGGCUUUCCCAGGAACAAAGUGCUGAAGCUGACUCAGAAAAUUGACAAUGUUGAGACCAGCUGGGCCCUGGGGGCCAUCUUCCAUUACAUCGACUCCCUGAGCAGGUGGAAGAAUACAGCCGCAUAGCAGCCAGGCUGCCCGUCCCUGCCCCUGGUGGACCCCUUCCAUCCUGGAUGUGAUUUCAACCCUGAGGAGCCACAGCAAGAGCCGUGACCCUUCCCUGCAGCCUGAAGCCUGCAGCAGCACCUCCUGCCAUCAGUCUUGCCCUGGGACUUGCAGAGGACCUGGUGUUGCCCUGGCUGCGCUGCAGCCUCUCCUGGACAAGGGCUGCAGUGGGGGCCCUGUCCGAUGCCUCCCACCUGCCAUGGCUCCAGGCAGGUGGGGAACUAGACAGGGCCAUGGGCACAUGCUGAGGUGGGAGCUCUGUAGCUGCCAGCCCCUCCCCUUCCCUUCUGUCCACGGGGCUGUGGCUGCUGUUCUGCGAGUCCCUGUGAUGGGUCUUAUUUUGUCUCUUCGCCCCUGUUGGUUUCCUCCCUGAAGACAGACCUCCACCUUCCCUGGGAGUUUAGGGAGGUUGUACUGGCUGCUUUUAGGGGAGCCCAGCGGGAGCCAUCAUGCCCUCUAGGACAGCAGGUCCAGGUGGGUCUUUGGGAACUCAGGACUUGAGCGUGCUUAUCUCCUCCCCAGGUGUGGACAUGUGAACUCCACAUGGAGAGGUCUACUCGCCUCAACCCUUGUGUGGGUUGGGGUUCACUGAUGGAUGGAGAGGAUGCUAUGAGUAGGUGGAGGGGCCGGGGGACACACCUCUCCACGGACCUCGUGUGCCCAAGUGUAAGCGGAUGCUGGGCGUGAGCUGCUGUAAAAACGUCUGUGGCUGUCUCUGUCGUGUGGGUGCCAAGUGCUUGUGUAGAAACUGUUCUGCCCCCUUUUCUGGACAUGACUCCAUGUCCCAGUGAAUGUAUCACUGCCGUGAGCCAUUUGCAGUGGGCAGUGUCAGUGUCAGAAGACACAGCCCAGCCACAGGUCAGCUGAGCCACAGACCCCAGAGCCACGCUCCUGUGGCAUCUCGGGCCACCAUACACCCACUGUGGACCAACCCUGCCCUCCUCCGUGGGCCGUGAGAGCCCUGGGCUGAGUGCGUUCUGCUUGGCAUGGUUUGAGGCCCGAUGCCUGAGCCCGCCGUCGUUCCUCCAGUGAAUGUAUAGUACACACAGUAAGCUGAA